UGUAUGCUCAGUGCGUCGCUGAAAUUGUAAUAAUAUUAAGAAAAUUUUGUGUCCUCUUGCUGUUACUCUCCAAACGAAUGUUGCAGUAAUGAUCGUAACCAUUCAGGCGGCUUUCUGUGUUGUUAAAGAAUUGCUUCAGUCGCUGCUUUCUUAUUGCCACGAAAGUUAUCAUUCAGAAGAUACCUGCAAAAGUAAUGUUGAUGCAAUCGAAAUUCCUAAAGAGAAUUGGGAGCCUACAAGAAGAAGAGAACUUCAAACUAAUAGUCAUGUACAACUUUCCUCACAGAGUUCAAACGUAAUGUCUGAAAAUGCAGAUAAUUUGAGAAAAGGUUUCAACCAAUCAAAUAACCAAGAGAAUCUUGCACCACAUUCUAACUAUACUUUUUUGGAAGAAGAUUGGGAUAAUGAUAUUGUAAGUAAUGCACAUCUUAGCAGAACUGAACCCGAUCCUGAACCUUCAAACAAUGAAACAUUUAUGAUGGAGCAUAACUCUUACCUUGCUGUUAAUGGAAAUAAAGAUUUGCACUGGGAUGAAACAUCUUCAACACAUUCCUCUGAUUCAGAAGCUUGUUCAGCAUCUGCCCAGCAUUUUGAGACAGAUUUAGCUACAAAAUCACUUCACCUUGUUUCAGAAAGAGACUGGCUGGAUGAACUUGAGUCACUAUAUUUCUCAGAUAUGUUAACAGAACUGAAGUCACUUCUUCCAAGGGCUUUUGAAGCCAGCAGAAAUUGCUUUGAUUUUGUUAUGUAUGUUAUAAAAUUUGCUGACUUUGAUAUUCAAGCUGGCAAAAAGUCACUGGCUUAUAUAACUCUUGUUGAGUUGGAGGCCUGGCUGAAGUUAAAGACUGAAGGAAAAGGUGUGCAAGAAGUCCAAAAGUUGGGUUAUUGGCCGACUGACAAUCAGAAAGACUUAGCUUUAGAAGUUGUGGCAUCAUCCACAUUUCUGCUCUUUGAGCCAGUUAAAAGGACAUUUCAACUUGAUUCAGGAGACAACAGUUUCUUAACUAAGCAUGUGAGGUUUUUAAUGCACUCCAGGAAAAAGUACAAAGAGGCUGCUACCAUUGCAUACAAGUUAAAACUUCAGAGACAUUUUGAAGUAACUGAGAUUUUGUUACCUUUGAUCAUUGUGGACAAGUUGCAAUUAGCAGAGAGCUAUGUGGCAGGCUGUCCCACAUCAUUACAACUUUUUAUGAAGAUGAUUGAUGAGUUGUGUGUAAUGACAGAUGAUGAGUUGGAGCUGGUUGUUGAGAAGACUGUUUCUCCAAAGCCAAAAGAGCACAGACUCAAGAACAAGAUUCUUGUUAAGUUAGGAGAGAGGCUUGUGAAAAUGUUUCAUUUAAAAGCAGAGAACUACCCUAACAUAUACAAAGAAAAGAACUUAAAUGGAUUGAAAUAUCUAUUGUCAAAGAAAUAUUCAGAGAAACAACCAGUAAGUCACAAGUGGGAUGAUCUCAUUGAGAGUGCCCUGGGGGAUAAUAAAUGGCUGCAACACAAACUAAUAGAAAGUUUGGUUGAGUUUGAUGAUAUUGCAGAGGCUGCCAGAUGGACCAUGUAUUAUUGCGUACCUCUGGAGUCCGUUCAUCCCUUGAUUAAAGAUCUUGUGGAAUCCUGGCAAGCCGCGAGUGAAGAUUCUGAGGACUGGGAAGCUGAAAUAGAAGGAAAGGCUGAACGUAGAGUGUACAACGAUACAUCCUCAACGUUUAAGUCCACAUCUACAAAUUGCUAUCGGCUUCCAUUAUCUGCAGAUAGGAUAUUCGUGGUUGAUAACUCUCAGUCUUUAAGGGAAUGUACGCAAGUCCUCUGUAAGCCCGGUAAUGUAGUAGGAUUUGACACUGAGUGGAGACCGACGAUGUGUCGCGCGGGGACUGAUGACAGGCUUUCGAUCAUUCAACUUUCUACUUGGACUGAAGUGUUUAUCUUGGACGUGAUAGCAAUGACCGACAACGUCAGAGACUCCGAGAUUCAACAGUUUGCUGAAAGUUUCUUCGCUAAUCCUCAAGUUCUUAAGCUUGGUUAUGGAGUUGACUCUGAUUUUCGAAACUUGGUAUCUUCAUGUCCCUUGUACGAACAUGCAUUGAAACGUCUAGCUCGGUUUGUUGACCUAUGUCCAUUAAGUAAAGAGAUACUCCGUAUACCAAGUGUCCAACGAAAGGUCAACUCCCGCAUGCACAGUGUAUCUGUAAGAGAACGUGCUUGUAUUGAAGAAGAGCGAGGCUUGAGUGAGUUGGUGUUCCUGUGCCUUGGCCAACCUUUGGAUAAAACCUAUCAGAUCUCUGACUGGGAACGGCGUCCGUUAAGCGAGGAUCAGCUGACUUAUGCAGCAUUAGAUGCUUUCUGUUUGUUGGAGAUAUACGAGGUCCUUAAACGAUGGGUCGUGGAGUCGAGGUUACGAGUCGACAUGGAGCCUAGUCUUGUGCUUACAUGGUUACAACCAAACAAGGAAAAACAGCGUCGGAGCAGACGGAAGCAACCAAAGCCAGGCACGCGCUCUAGUGAUCUGCUUCCUCCUGCGAAGAAAAGAGAUCCCAUUCCUCCUCAGUCACUGAGGGUCGUGGUUGAUACAAUGCUGCAGGACCUGGGUCAACAUUUGAGAUGUUGCGGGAUUGAUGUGGUUAUUCUGGAUAACAAAGGCGACCACGAAAGAGUAUUUGAGAUUUCCCAAACCGAGAACAGAAUCAUUCUCACAACCGGUUUGCCAUAUGAACAGUUGCGCACUCGGGUACCUGAAGGAAUGUGCGUUUGUGUUCCAAGUGGAAAGAUUCGACAACAAGUAUCAACCCUGGUGAAAUAUUUUAACGUGCAAGUAAAGAAACAAGAUAUCUUUAGUCGCUGCCAGGUCUGCAACGGGUACAAUUUCGUACAACUUCAUCAGGAUGACAUGCGAUUGGUCAUGGGUAUCUUCCAUGGUCGUUACAAAGCCCCAUUGCCAGGCUUUGAGCCAAAAAACUGUCCAGUUAAUCUGAAAGACUUGACUUUACCUGGCGGAGUGCCUCUGAAGCUUGGUACAUUACCUGAAACUGUAGUGGACAGUGUUGAUUUGUUCUUUUGCUGUUCUACUUGUGGUAAAGUUUUCUGGGAAGGAGGAUAUCACAAAAGAGUCAACGCACAAUUUUCCUACGUUCUGCACAGUUCCCAGUAGCAAGACCCAUCAAGGCUGUCACCACGUGCAGUGCCUCCCAAGCUUGCCCAAAAACACAUUUGACAUUACCUGAAUUCAUUCCGUUACUUUCAGUUGUCUAACAAGUGACUGAUCUUCAACCUACUAUCACGUAGUUGAAGAAUUCCAAAAGUUGCUUCGUGGGUUAUGAAGACACGGUGUAGACACCAAAACUUUGAAACUACGUUCCCGUUGAUGAACUUAAUAGUGAGAUGCCUCAACUCUAAAAAUGUCUCGCUGUUUGUGAUGACAACACAACAAAAUGAAAGAGGUGUACCAGUUUUUUAUUCAGUCUAUUUUACGGUUGUAAGGUUCCCUUCCUAAGGGCUCCAUCAGCCAUAAAGCCAGUUGUAGUAUCAAAAGAGAUAGCCAUCCCGAACAGAGGUGAUCAGUUGUUAAUAGGUGCUACAGUUACUAUUCAUGCUAACUAAACUAACCAUUUUACAACGAAUACCGGUAUUGAUCACGCUUUAUCGUUUAACCUUUUCCUUUUUUUUUUAUUUAGAGAUUUACCGUAAGAUAGGUGUAAAAACAAUAGGACUCUAAGCCCCCUAUUAGGUUUCUACAUCCUAGAAACCCACCCAUCCCACCCCAGGGGAGGACAUCAACCACACAGUAAUCUCGUGCGCGGGAAAUUAAC